UGUGAAGGAGAAAACCAAUUUUUUUUCUUUGCGACUCUACGAUUAUUCACACUUGUGUGUUUUCUUCUUGUUUUUAAUAAAAAUCAAUUAUUAUAACUCCACUAAAGUUCGGUUGGAGGAUAGAUCUUCAAUUUUCUGCAACAUCCUUCGAUAUGGUAGUAAACUUUGAGGUCAAAACAAAUAAUACCCAAAUCUGAAAAUUACAAAACAUCGAGGACGAAACUGCAAACAUAAGGAAAGAGAAGAGAAGAACACUCCUUUCUAUUUUCUUGUGUUUAUAUAAAUAAGGAAAGAGGUGUGACAGUAGAAACAGAGCUCUGCAACUUUUCAAGCUCAUACUCAUAUUCUGACAAGUUCAACCACCCUCAAGUUCUACUUUUGUCUCUUCAUUCUUGGUAACAAUAAUUCUUGGGGUUUUACCAGAAUCUUGAAAUACUCGUAGCAUGGAGUUUGUACUUGAUUUAUUCUGCAUAUUUCACUCUAAGCAUGUACUCGGUUAUUCAUUUUUGUUAGUAUUAUGGAAGAAAGUGAUGUGUAUACGGAAGAUGGAACAGUCGAUAUUCACAAAAAUCCUGCAAGUAAGAAGACAACCGGAAACUGGAAAGCUUGCCGCUUCAUUCUUUUCAACGUGUGCUGUGAAAGAUUGGCCUACUAUGGAAUGAGCAAAAACCUUGCGGACUAUCUUAAGAGUCGUCUGAAUCAAGGCAACACUACUGCUGCGAAUAACGUCACGAAUUGGUUUGGAACAUGUUAUAUAACUCCUUUGAUUGGAGCCUUUCUAGCUGAUGCUUAUCUUGGACGUUAUUGGACUAUCGCAACCUUUGUUUUCAUCUAUGUCUUCGGUUUGACUCUUUUGACGUUAUCAGCUUCAGUUCCUGGACUUAAACCGGGUAACUGCAACAGCGAUACAUGUCAUCCGAGUUCCGAUCAGACAGCUGUUUUCUUUGUUGGGCUUUAUAUGAUCGCUCUUGGAAUAGGUGGUAUAGAACCAUGUGUUUCGUCCUUCGGAGCGGAUCAGUUUGAUGAGAAUGACGAGGCCGAGAAGCUAAAGAAAAGCUCUUUUUUUAAUUGGUUUUACUUCUCCGCUAACGUUGGGGCUUUUGUUGCUGCGAUUGUUAUUUCCUGGAUACAAAUGAACAUAGGUUGGGGAUGGGGCUUUGGUGUCCCGACCGUGGCCAUGGUCAUUGCGGUUAUGUUUUUCUUCUCGGGAAGUCGUUAUUACCGACUUCAGAGACCGCAAGGGAAUCCACUCACACGGAUAUUUCAGGUUAUAGUUGCAGCCUUAAGGAAGAUGAGUGUUGAGGUUCCAGAGGACAAGUCUCAGCUCUUUGAAAUUGCUGCUGAUGCGAGUAAUAUCACUGGUAGCCGGAAGCUAGAGCAUACAGACAACUUAAAGUUUUUCGAUAAGGCAGCUGUUGAGAGUCAAUCCGAUAGCAUCAACGACGGUGAAGUGAACCCUUGGAGACUCUGUUCGGUAACAGAAGUCGAAGAGCUCAAGUGCAUAAUCACUCUUCUUCCAUUUUGGGCCUCAGGGAUAGUCUUUGCCACAGUGUACAGCCAACUGAACACAUUGUUCGUCUUACAAGGAAACACAAUGGACCAACACAUGGGGAAACACUUCGAAAUCUCAUCAGAUUCCCUCUCACUUUUCACCACGGUCAGUGUGCUCUUCUGUACUCUUGUCUACGACCAGUUCAUUGUCCCCUUCGCAAAAAAGUUCACACGUCAAGAGUGUGGCUCCACUCAGAUUCAACGUAUGGGAAUAGGUCUCGUGAUCUCAAUCUUUGCCAUGAUCACUGCAGGAGUCUUGGAGGUCGUUAGGCUCGACUACGUCAAAACUCACAACGCAUAUGACGCGAAAAAGAUUCCCAUUUCGAUUUUCUGGCAGAUUCCUCAGUAUUUUGUAGUUGGGUGCGUAGAAGUUUUCACUUUUAUAGGCCAGCUUGAGUUUUUCUAUCACCAGGCGCCUGAGGCGAUGAUAAGUCUCUGCUCGGCUUUGUCUUUGACAACUAAAGCGCUUGGGAACUACUUGAGCACGGUUCUUAUGACGGUUGUGAUGAAAAUGACGAAGAAAAAGGGCAAACCGGGUUGGAUACCGGAUAACUUGAACCGGGGUCAUCUGGAUUACUUUUUCUAUUUGCUGGCAGCUCUUAGUUUCCUCAACUUCUUAGUGUACCUCUGGAUUUCUAAACGCUACAAGUACAAGAAAGCUAUAGGUCGAGCACAUUAAUGAAAUAAACUGGAUGCCAAGAGAUUUGGUCUUGUGAUUCUUCACAAGGUUAUGUAGACUAUGCAUAUAUGUAAAGGAUAGAUUAGUCAAUACUUAAUCCCUAAUCCCCUCACAUAAACUCUCUAUAUAUUGUAAAAUUAUAAAUAUUACUUGUGGUAUAAAAUAUAUAAAAUUAUAAUAA